UGCACCCCUACCGAUAAGAGACUCUCUACUAUGUGAAUAUAUAUAGCUUUGUUCAACAGCGACUGCAACUUUCCUUGCGUCUUCAAUGGCUUCCACCUCCAACCCAAUCGAUGCCUCUACCUCAGGUAGUGCAAGUGAAAAGGAUAAUGCUGAGCCUGCACAGGGAGCUGCUACUCUUCCAAGCUCAAAUGCAAACCCUGGAGAAACUGAUGUAAAAGCCCGGGUAGAUGCUGUGUGGGAGCAAAUGAAUAAAGGAAUAUCUAACAAGAAUUUCAAGGAUUUAUUAAAGAAAUCCCAGUCAAAUGUGAACAAAACUCCAAAAAAGGCAUCAUCUGAUGGUUGGAAGGCAUAUCUGGGCCUGACACCAAAGACAGAGUCCCGAAAGGAUGAUCUAUCACAGAAGGGAUCAAUUGUCGUUCCGAACAAUACUAGUGAUACUAUCAUGCAGGACAGCUCUGGUGAAACUUCCAGGAAGCUAGCUGCUGCGGCUCUUGUAGAAGUUAAGGAUGCUGGAGUUGCUGCAUUGGGUAGAGGGAAAAUUGAGAUCAGAGAGGUCCGCGACUUUGCCGGUCAACAAAUUGAAGUUAAGAAGCUUGUGGAUGCUGAUUCAAAGGAAGCAUCUGACAAGGCAAAAGCUCAUGCACCUUCAGCAGUUGAUGCUGUGCUUGAACAGAUCAAGAAGAAACCAAAACUCAGUGUGCUCGACAAGACCAAAAAGGACUGGGGAGAGUUUAAGGAAGAAAAAGGGUUGGACGAGGAGUUGGAUGCUUACAAAAAGAGUUCCAACCAAUAUUUAGACAAGGUUUCCUUCUUGGAGCGAGCAGAUUACAGGGAGUUUGAACGGGAGAGGGAUGCACGGCUGGCUGUGCAGGCCAAAAGGAGGCCUGAUAUGCGGGAGGGUCCAUAACUUGACAAUUCAGGUCUGCUUCCAAGUGCCUGUACCAAACCGCCGAAUUUACUAUUAUCGAGAAGAUAUGAACUGUUGCUGAACUUUCAGUAUCAUUUUUUGCUUUGAAUUUGGUUAACAAAGCAAAUCAGGAAGCCUAUUAAGUAUUACGCAAGGGGGUAUUGUGCAUCAUUUGCAUAUAGGUGUUUUCCAGCAGCCCGGGUCUCAUGUGGAGAGAAGGCAUUAAUUGUAAACUAGCUAUUUUCUUUGAAUCAAAAUGGGUGGGUAGGAGCAGAAGCAUUACAGAGCAGAAUGUAACCGCGAUUCUUUCUUGUCAGUGUCGUUGUACUGCACAAUUAAUAAUAUUAUGAUGGUUUCUCUUCUGAAUUGGCCAUUUUUGUUGCACAAUGUUGCAAAUAAGAA